AUGCCCAUCAAAAAGGCACUGGGCUUCCUUGCCACAGCCUGCCUACUGUCAGCACAGACAGUGCCAAUGCCACCAGGUGCUGGCUUUGAGGAGCUGGAGCAGCCCUGCACCCACCCCACCAGAGUCUGGUCGCAGUUCCAGAAUUCCCCAUGCCCAGCUUUCUACAAUUGCCAUGCUGGACAUAAACAUCGGUGUGAAUACCCAACAAAUGGUGCAGGCCGACGUUGUACCACUUGCAAUGAUUACGCCAACAUUAAUUACCGCACACCAUGUCCACUUGCUGCCCAGGGACACCCCAAUAGGCCAUGCCCUGGCAUACCUCAAUGA